ACUCAGAGGGCCUAGGCCCGCUCUCUCUCCGCCAUGUUAGAUUUGCCCCGCCGGGGUAGCAGCGGAGUUGGCAACCAGCGGUCUUUGCAGUGGCCUCUGGCGGGCGCCCCCCGGGGGCGGGAAGCGGGUCACACAUUUUUAAGCUUGGAUAGCUUGGCUUAUACAGGCCUCUGAUGAAGACAGAAAUCAAAGCUCAGGUAGCCAGGUCUGCUACAUUAAAGGGACUUUUUUGAGGGCGGGAGCAGAAAGACGACGUAGAGGAAAAGCUGACUUGUGCCAAGCGAAGCUCCACAGCAUGGAAGUACAGGUUACUCUAAAUGUGACUUUUAAAAAUGAAAUGCAAAGCUUUCUGGUUUCCGAUCCAGAAAAUACAACUUGGGCUGAUGUCGAAGCUAUGGUAAAAGUGUCAUUUGAUUUGAACACUAUUCAGAUAAAAUACCUGGAUGAGGAGAAUGAAGAGGUAUCCAUCAAUAGUCAAGGAGAAUAUGAAGAAGCACUUAAGAUGGCAGUUAAGCAGGGAAACCAACUGCAGAUGCAAGUCCAUGAAGGGCACCAUGUCCUUGAUGAAGCCUCAGCCCCAGUUGCAGCAGAAAAACGACUAGCUGUCAGGGCAGGGAAAAAGCCACUUGCACAUUAUUCUUCACUGAUGAGAGUUUUGGAAUCAGAUAUGAAGACCCCAGAGGAGCCUGCAGCUCAGUUGUUUCCACUUGCUUCAUGUGACACAGACCAGCCUCAGGACAAGCCCCCAGACUGGUUCACAAGAUACUUAGAAACAUUCAGAGAGCAAGUGGUUAAAGAAACAGUUGAAAAGCUUGAACAGAAAUUACAUGAGAAGCUUGUCCUUCAGAGCCCAUCCUUGGGUUAUUCCUCAGAAGUCUCAAUGCCUAUUUCAGAGGAAACACUGUUUUUGCCAGGAAACCAGUUCAGCUGGCAUAUUGCUUGCAGCAGCUGCCAAAAAAGGAUUGUUGGUGUGCGCUACCAGUGUAGCCUAUGCCCAUCCUACAAUAUUUGUGAAGAUUGUGAAGCGGGACCAUAUGCCCAUGACACUAACCAUAUCCUGCUAAAGUUGCGGAGACCUGUUGUGGGUUCCUCUGAACCAUUCUCUCACCCAAAGUACUAUACUGCUCGUCUUCCUGCUGCUCUGGAGCAAGUCAGGCUCCAGAAACAGGUUGAUAAGAACUUUCUUAAAGCAGAAAAGCAAAGGUUACGAGCUGAGAAGAAACAACGUAAAGCAGAGGUCAAGGAACUUAAAAAGCAGCUUAAGCUCCAUAGGAAGAUUCAUCUAUGGAAUUCGAUCCAUGGACUCCAGAACCCCAAGUCUCCGUUGGGCCGACCUGAGAGCUUGCUCCAGUCUAAUACCCUGAUGUUCCCUUUGCAACCCUGUGCCCCAGUUAUGCCAAUGCUCAGUGCAGCAUUUGUGGAUGAGAAUUUGCCUGAUGGGACUCACCUUCAGCCAGGAACCAAGUUUAUCAAACACUGGAGGAUGAAAAAUACAGGAAAUGUAAAGUGGAGUGCAGAGACAAAGCUCAAGUUCAUGUGGGGAAACCUUACUUUGGCUUCUACAGAAAAGAAGGAUGUUUUGGUUCCCUGCCUAAAGGCUGGCCAUGUAGGAGUUGUGUCUGUGGAGUUCAUCGCCCCAGCUUUGGAGGGAACGUAUACUUCCCAUUGGCGUCUUUCUCACAAAGGCCAACAGUUUGGGCCCCGGGUCUGGUGCAAUAUCAUAGUGGAUCCUUUUCCCUCCGAAGAGAGCCCUAACAACAUUGAAAAGGGCAUGACCAACUCAAGCAACGCUGAUGAUCUCACCUGCCAACAAGAGGAAGCUUUUUUUCUGGCUAAAGAAGAAACUCAGCUUGGUGAAGUGUCUGAGCAGGCAGAAGGGGCAGGAACCUGUGCCCCACAGAAGACAAAAAAUGUUGCCAACGAGAGGGAACUCUAUAUCCCAUCUGUGGACCUUCUGACUGCCCAGGACCUGCUAUCCUUUGAGUUGUUGGAUAUAAAUAUUGUCCAAGAGUUAGAGAGAGUACCCCACAACACCCCUGUGGAUAUGACUCCCUGCAUGUCUCCUCUGCCACAUGACAGUCCUUUGAUAGAGAAACCAGGGUUGGGGCAGAUAGAAGAAGAGAGUGAAGGGGCAGGAUUUAAAGCACUUACCGUGUCAGGAAAGACAAAACCUGAAAACAUUGCUUCAGUGGAGGAAACAGAAGAAGACCUGAGUGGGACCCAGUUUGUGUGUGAGACUGUAAUCCGAUCCCUUACUUUGGAUGCUGCCCCAGAUCACAACCCACCUUGUAGACAGAAGUCCCUGCAGAGGGCAGAAUUACAGCUGGAUUCCACAGAGGGACAGCAGCCGGUUGUGCUGCCUGGAUUCUGCAGUAAGGAGUCUAACUUGAAAUUUGCCUUCUCUGAAGAGGGACCACUUGGAGAUGAGAGGGAAGAGAUUGUCCACAUUGCUGAUGAAGAAGUUGUUGUGGAAGAGGAAGAGGAUGAUGAGCUCAAAGAUGAAGUUAAGAGUCAGUCCUCAGCGUCCUCAGAAGAUUACAUCAUCAUCCUGCCUGAGUGCUUUGAUACCAGCCGCCCUCUGGGUGACUCCAUGUACAGUUCUGCUCUCUCACAGCCAGGCCUAGAGCGAGGGGCUGAAGGCGAGCCUGGGGUUGAGUCUGGGCCAGAACCAGCUGAGGUUGGAGAGAGACGCCCUGGAGGGAAGAAACAGCCACAGGAGCACAGCAUCAGUGACAUCCUCACAACCUCACAGACUCUGGAAACGGUGUCCCUAAUCCCAGAGGUGGUGACGCUGCCAUCGCCACUGCCCAGGAGCCCUCCUUGUGUACAGCAUCAUGGUUCCCCAGAAGUGGAUUUACCAGUUACCGUACCAGAAGUUUCUUCAUUGUCUGAUCAAAUCAGAGGAGAGCCCACAGGCUCAUCAGGACUUGUAAGCAGCAGACAGAAGAGCUAUGACCACUCAAGGCAGCACCAUGGGAGCAGCAUUGCUGGAGGACUGGUGAAAGGGGCUUUGUCUGUCGCUGCCUCUGCAUACAAGGCCCUGUUUGCUGGGCCACCAGUCACUGCACAGCCAAUAGUUUCUGAAGAUCAAACAGCAGCCCUGAUGGCUCAUCUAUUUGAAAUGGGAUUCUGUGACAGGCAGCUAAACCUAAGGCUGCUGAAGAAACACAAUUACAACAUCCUGCAGGUUGUGACGGAACUUCUUCAGGUUAACAACAAUGACUGGUAUAGCCACCGAUAUUGAAGAGUGACCUUGUAUUAAAAAACUCUGCCUGCUGCUCAGAGAUGAUCUUUAUUCUGUCAUUGGGGGUGUGGGUUAGAAGCCCUAGCUUGUUUUUUAAUCUGAUGAAUCUGUAUGGCACCCAUCACUGAAUUAUCAAGACAACACCUGUUAACAGUAUUUGGGGAAGCAAAUCAAAGACCAGAACUUAAACUUUCACUUUAGACAUUGGAUGAAUAGUAGGAAUACAGUUUUUCAAUUGAUUUGGAUAAAACUCCUUUCUUCAUUUAUGUGUUAGAGUGUAACUUGAACUUCCUAUAGAACCAUUUUUUUUCCUGCUUUCAUUGAAGUUGAUUAUUUUUCUUUUGUUAAUGUGGAUGUUUUAUGGGACUGUUAAUUGUCAGGUUUUAAAAGAAAUUAACGUUGAAGGUUGUUUUUAAGAAUUAUUCUCCUAAUUUCUGUAACCUACCCUCAAGCUUCACAGCUGUGUGGCAUUGAAAUGACACCCAGAGUGUGACAGAAAUGUUACUAAUUCUUCCUUUCCCAAGGAGAAAGUCAUUUCCCUGCAAGACCAUAAUAAUUGGCACCACUGCUUCCUAACAACUCCAUUGGUGUAUUUAAGAGCAUCCAACUUCUGGGGAUCUCUGCAUUUCAAUGAAAGGAAAGAGUGUGCUAAUUAACACCCCCCCACCUCACCCCCUGUCAGCACCUAUUGAUCCAGUGUCUAUAUAGUAAUUUUGCAUACAUUUUUAUUUAAGGGAAAAUUUUAAGUAGAUAGUGUGAAAUAUUUUGCUAAUCGUAUAGAGAAGGAAAAAGACUCUUCAAUUACUUAAAGGGAAAAGUAAAUUUAAGUUACCUUUUUUCUUAAUAUCAGGGCAGAUCUUAUUUUACAGUAGAGUGGGAGAAGUAGAAAUGUGGAACGCGAAAGACCAGCUCCUGAAUUAAUCUCAGUAAAAUUCAGGGUAUGCAAGUGAGCAUGAGGCAUAGGAAAUGCUGAUCACUUCCUUGAACGCUUGAAAUUUGUUCAGAGGUAUCUAACCGUAGAGAACCUAGAACAGGAAGAGGCAGCUGAUGUUUUGCAAAAGUUGGAUGGGGGCAAACUCACUGAAAAAGUUUUGGUUUAACCCCGGGAUGAGGGGAAAUAGUUUGCAGAGGUUUAGGGGCUCACUUGAUUUACAGGAGAGUCUUGGGUACAAUCGUUGAAAGAAGAGGUAAUAAACACACUAAAGAGUUCAUCUAUUAAUGACUUCCUGAAAAGGAAGACUCUGAAUCACAGCCCAAAAGUGGGAAGGAUAAUUGAAAUAGUAUUAUUUAACCUAGUUGGUAUUUAUAAUGAAUGGUAAUUUUAGUCAUUAGCCAUUAUGAUGUUUAUUUGCAGUAUAACUCUUGAAUGCUACAAUAAACCAGGAUUCAGACUGCAAAA